AUGAUCACAUCAAGGCCAUUCUUUUGCUUCAUCCUACUGGCACUCAUCGGGCUGCUUCUAUCAACCUCAUUCAUCCCAUUUGGGGUUUCAAAGAUCAAACAAGUUGAAAAGCAAGUAGAUGUGAUCACCAAGAAAUCUCAUCAAGAGAUAUGGUCUGUCAUACAAAAUGCAGCAACUACUACAUUGCUUCCGAUGAAAUCAUCUGCAACCAAUUUAGCCAAAGUUGCAAACAUGUCGCUGACUGAAACAGACAUCACAUUCUAUGAUAUCCAAGCCAAGGUGGCUCCUUUAUUGUUCCAAGCAAUGGUAACGAUCCCACAUCUGUCACAGAUCUCGUAUAUCAGACAAGAUGGCUUGUUCUUUGCAUUGUACUCCAAAGACCACCACCAAAUCGUUGCCAUCUAUAGUAAUACUUCGUUUUCGAAGGCCACAAGAUCCAGAUUUCAUUAUUUGUGGUACACUCAGCCUGUUAAUUCUGAUACAGGCAAGUUAUAUGGAGAUGCUGUUGUGUUUCCACCUCAACUUUUGAUUAAUGAAACCUGGUUACAACAAGCCUUGAACACUAGAAAUGGAUUUGCUUCAUUGGGGAAGUCGUUGAAUGAUGUCAACAAUCUGCUUGUUCUGAAUACAGCUGGUGUGGAUAAAAAUGGAGUGAUCUCACUCGGGUUUGAGCUCAAAUCGUUGAUAAAUGUGUUCUCCAGCGUUAAACCUCUUGGUGGAGGUCUGUACUUGGCUACGAGAGAUGGGAAGGUACUAACCGAAGGAAUACCAAACACCCGGAUGGUUCUUAAUGGAAAUGGAACAUUUUCUUUUAUGUUAUGGAAAGCAGAUGGAUAUCAAAGUGGUAGCAUCACAUUACAACUUAACUAUGAAACGCCACAAGCGUAUACUUUGGACAUUCCAGGAACAAAAUACACGUUGUACUCUUCCUCGGUUGACAUCAUUGGAAUGCAACUGGGAAUUUUUCAGGUGUAUGUAUUAGCAUUACCAUAUGAAGGAUUGCCAAGCAGGAUGCAUAAAAAUAUCAUAUUUGUAUUCGCGCUUCUUUCAGCAACGUUUGUUAUCGUAGCUAUCUCCAUCUUCAGUUUUGUGGUGUUAACAGUGAGAGCAUCAAGAAAAGAGAUGUGCCUAAGAGCUGCCCUUAUAAAACAAAAGGAAGCAACACAACAAGCAGAAAGAAAGAGCAAGAAUCAUAGUCUUGCAUUUGUUUCUGCAAGCCACGAUAUUCGUGCUUCGCUAGCAGGCAUUGCUGGAUUGUUAGAUUUGUCCAUCAGCAAUGUCCAGCAAGGAUCAGAGUUAGCAGUACACAUGGGACUUAUGCAAAAAUGUACAAGAGAUCUUAAGAGUAUAUUGAACUCUAUUCUGGAUACAAGUAAAAUCGAAGCUGGAAAGAUGCAGCUAGAAGAAAAACAGUUCGACUUGGCAAAUGCACUCGAGAGUGUGGUUGACUUGUUCUAUCCUGUUGGUCUGAAAAAGGAAGUGGAUGUGAUCUUGGACCUCCAAGAUGGUUCUUUGACCAAAUUUUCUCUAGUCAAAGGCGAUGAACGCAAGUUUAAGCAGAUAUUAGCAAACUUACUGAGCAAUGCUAUCAAAUUUACCUCAGAGGGUUAUGUUUCUGUUCGAGCUUGGGUCAGGAAGCCUAGAUUGCAGAACUCGACAUUUGAUUCUUCACACAAUCAAUCUAGAAGAUGCUUAUCGUGCUUCUUUUCUAAUAAUGAUGAAGUGCACGGUGACUUGGAAGCCAUAGAUGAAGUCCGGCAUGAUCCUAAUUUCAUGGAAUUUGUAUUUGAAGUAGAUGACACUGGAAAGGGUAUUCCGAAAGAGAAACAAGCAUCCAUUUUUGAAAACUAUGUUCAGGUUAAAGAAACUGGUCCUCAACUUGAAGGCACUGGCUUAGGCCUUGGAAUUGUCCGAUCUCUGGUACAAUUGAUGGGUGGAGAGAUAAGCAUAGUCGACAAGGAAGUAGGGGAAAAGGGCACAUGCUUCAGGUUCAAUGCUAUCCUUAAGGUUUGUCAAUCUGGUCUAAUUAGCCUUAGCGAAGACGAAAAGACUGUGUCCCCUGGAGACUUGUCGGCAGGGUCAAACACUCCUCUACAUCAUCCCAGACAACUAGAUCAUAAUUCUUCUAUAGUUGUUCUCUUCAUGACUGGUGAUGGAAGGCGGAAGAUGGCACAAAAUUCUCUAGCAGCCCAAGGGAUAAAAGUUGUCGCAGUGAAAAACACAAGACAACUUUCAGAAACUCUCAGGGAGUUUAGACGCGAAGAGAAAAAUGAUUGCUCUUCCAAAUCUGAUUUAAAUUUAAGUUUCGGGUACCUGACCUGGCCCACAUCUCGAGACUCGAAUACAAGAUCAAGGGAAGUUCCUUUAAGUUCCCUGGAUGGGACUGAUAUGUCACCAAUCCGAACGACUAAUACGGUAAGUCUAUCGAAUUUCAUAUUGCUUGUGAUUGACACAACCAAGGCGGACUUCCGUGAGCUAUGUAGGACAACGGCUGAAUUCAGAAAAUACUCCAAAAAUGGUAAUUCUAGAGUUGUAUGGUUAGGUUCUAGGUGCAUCCAACUCCAAGGUCUGGAUGAAAAGAAGCUCCCCCCCUCUGAUAUCAUCAUACCCAUGCCACUCCAUGGAUCCCGUUUAUACUCAUUGAUCGGUCUUCUCCCAGAGUUUGGAGGUAAGUUCUCUAGCCCACCAAAUCAGCGUCAAGCUGGAACAAAAGAAGAGAAUCAUCAUCCACCAAGCAGACAGUUGGAAGUACAAGAAAUAGCUCGGAUUUCUCCCAGCAGUAGUAGCCCUUUGCGAGGGAAAAGAGUGUUGCUGGCAGAAGAUGACGCUGUGCAACAGACGAUCGCCAAGAAGAUCCUUUUGAAGCAUGGUGUGACUAUUGAGACAUGCAGAAAUGGGAAAGAAGCUCUGACUAUGGUCUCCAAAGGGCUGAGUGAUCAAAGAAAUCUUGGAGCUUCACAUAUUCUACCAUAUGAAUAUAUCUUAAUGGAUUAUCAGAUGCCGGUGAUGGAUGGUUGUGAAGCAACAAGACAAAUAAGAUUGAAGGAGAAAGAUUAUGGCGUGCACGCCCCCAUCAUCGGGUUAACAGCUCAUACAGAAGGCGAAGAACUAAACAAGCUGUUUGUAGCUGGAAUCGAUAUUCAUGUAUCUAAACCACUAAACGAGCAGAAGGUAUUGAAAGUGAUUGAAGAUCUCCACAGCAGAAAAUGA